AUGCUGCAGUGCAUCUUCAUCAUUUCGAAUUCUGGGUGAGCUCGAUCUGGAUCCCUUUUGGUCGUCUGAUCCAUCCGUCUUCGAGGGGGUGGAAGAAUGUUUCGGUGCUCAUGAUUUUGAAAAAUUUUGGAAUCCAGGGAGGUGAUUCUGGAGAAGCAGCUGCAAGGGCACAGGGCGGAUCGGUCACUAUGCAAUUGGUUCUGGGAGUACGCCAUGACCCAGGGCGGAGAGCUCUCCCAGGUCGGAAAAUUUUCUGUUCUUCCUUUCUUCUUCUCGUCUGAUCGUGCUCGUUGGAAAAGUAAUGGAAAAUUGAUUGAGAGAGAUGAGCAGAAAAAGGGGACGAUCGAAGCGACGAUUUUCAUGAUUGAUGAUGGGCGUCGAUCCCCGUUAUAUGAGAUAUUUUUUUUUCUUUUAAAUCUGAAUUUUUUAAAAAAUAUGACAGCUUCUGCCAGUGAUCGCGUCACCAACGCACUACCUCUUCCAAAUCUUCCGUGAGGGGAUUAUUUUCUUGGCUUGCACGCAGGUCGAGAUGCCACCACUGAUGGGGACCGAGGUUGGAUAUUUGUCGACACGAUCUCAGUGAUCAACUUUUAAAUUCUUGUCAUGAAGUACCUCUUCUUCCAUUUUGUUAAAUACUGAUAUUUCAGCACAUUCGUUUCGUGAGAAAUUUAAGUCUUUUAGUUCUGGUCCUCUCCAUGAAAGUUGAUAUCGCAAACUUCAUGCUUACUUAAGUUUGAACCUGGGAAUAUUAAACGUUGCGAUAGAAUUUAGGCCUGCCUAUUCGAGAAGAAAUUUGAGUUAUACUGACGCUUGGAGAUCAAGGAGUUACGAUGUUUACUUAUUCUGGGAAUGCUCAAUGCUUCCGCUGUCCGUAUUCAAGAACUCUUAGGUGUUUCAGAACAGUCAUUUGAUGUCCAUACAAUUAUGAUGCCUUGCAUGCAUGUAUCAAUGCACUACCCAUGAGCUUUGAACUUUCAUUUUCUAGUUUCUUUGCAGAGUGGCAGAUAUUAUUUCAGAUUAUCUUGGGGGUUUAAAUGAGGAUCUGAUCAAGGAUAACUUUGUUAUUGUUUAUGAGGUAAGUUUCAAACCCCGUUUAAUGGUCUUCGCCAUGAUUUCUUAUAUGAGAUAUUCCACGAUUACUGGUAUAUCUAUAACUUCACUCGUGAAAGAUUUUUCUUUUUUGUUUUCAAUUACUUUCUUUUUUGCGUAUUAUGAUCUCCAUUUUUUGAAAGCGCAAUAUAGUUCCAUAAAUCUCGAACUGAAUUGAGUUCUUGUCCUUUCUUGGAGAUGUGUUAUUGUUUGCCUUGGUCCAUAGAAAAGACUAUUCACCUUGCUCCAUUGAUUUCACAAGAGUGACUUGAAAAACAUAAUAUCUCGUCAAAUAUGAACCUUGACCUGUGACUUUUUGAAGUCUAUCACAACCUGGUUAAAUAUUAGAUCCCUUUUCGGUGAGAUUAGUUAGUAAACUGUUGAUCACAGGGCUAGGCAUCGCGGGAUGAUUAAUAUUUUUGAUUAUCUGAGGAAUCUGACUGAAAAACUUUCACCAUCUUGAAAAUUGCUACCAAGUCAAAGGAAAAUGAUCUUAUUGAAUAAUCUUUUUAUCUGGUCUAAUCUGUUUCACAAGAAUUUGUGCAAUAUUGAUCGUGGUAUACGAUUUUCAGACGCCAAAUUUAUCUAUCCUUUUCUCUUAUCUUAAAUUAAUUAUGUUCUUUCGGCCGGCCUCCUGUAAGCUGGGAAUUUCCUCUUUUUUGGCACCACCUCACAACAUUUGGAUGCGAAGUCCAAGUCUUAUUCAGACAUUGUGCCUACGAACGCCUAAAGAAGAAAGUUAAAACCUCUGCUAUGUUGAAAAAUAACAAUUUCUGCGUCAUUGUAUGCUAACUGAUGUACAUGUGAAAGUUAGUGGAUUAGUGUAUGAGCUUGCAUUAGAUACCAAGCAUCAGCGUCCAGCAACAUCUAGAAAUUUCUAGCUAGCGACUUAAAUUAUUUCUUCGUUUAUUUCCUGAACUUGUUAAAUAAUAUUAGUUACCGAAAGAAAAGGAAGCAAGUGAGCUUUCUCUUUGCAGCCACAAUUUAGAAGUUUUUCCAUUUAUUUUUGAGAGAUUUAUGACAUGUGGACAACUUUUUAGCUUUUGGACGAGAUGGUGGACAAUGGCUACCCACUCAUAACAGAACCAAACAUCCUCCGGGAGAUGAUAUCACCACCGAAUAUUGUCAGCAAAAUGCUUAGUGUUGUGACUGGGAGGAGUUCCAAUGUGAGCACCACGCUCCCAGUUGCGACUCAAUCUUGUGCUCCUUGGAGAAAAACGGAUAUCAAGAACUCAGGCAAUGAAGUUUACGUCAACCUUGUGGAGGAAAUUGAUGCAAUUGUGAGAAGGUUCACCUUGAAGCUUUUCUUGCUUUUAUUUUCUCCUCCUAUAACAGUUGUAGAAAUCUGAUUUAUAACAUUGUGGAUGCAUUUAUAUUAUGGGUUUCUUUGACAUAGGGUAGCAGAAUGAUCUCCUUUUUUUUCUUCUUUUUCUUUUUGGUUUAUACAACCUAUGACUUUCUUUUGUUACUCAUUUCUUCUAUUAAAAAUGUAUUUUUUUUGAGAGAGUAAUUCAUGUUUUAAUAUCAACGUGGCUCAGCGAUUACUUGGGACAUUUGAGGAUUUUUUUCACUAUUUUAUCCCAGAAAUGUAAUGGACUGGCUUAUAUUUUGGCUCGUUGCAAGUCAUAAAUAAUCUCCCAACAGAAUGUUUUAUCUCCACCGAUUCUUUUAUCUCAUUCUCCCGAAAUGGUUGACAGGAUGUUGAUAAUGACAGAUGUUUUUUUUAAUUAUUAUUUAUAUUGAGCCAAUCUUAUGCCUUGCUGUUCAAGAGAAAUAUCUCCAUAAAAAUGUCAUGUCUUUCUAUUUAUGGUUUGCGUUGUAUAUAUGCUGACCAGACUUAAGUGGGAAAAACGUACUCUUCAUCAAUUUUCUGUCAGUUUUAUUUGUUUUGGAUUCCCACUGGCAUGUGUCUUAUGCAGAGGCCCUUUUAACACGGGAAAUUUAAUGUGAUGAGCAUUGUUCGUCUAGUUUCCAUCUAAUUUUAACUUUUUGUUAUUAUAGCAUGAGAAACUGCCAGUCUUUAUUUGGGAUCUCGUUUUUAAUGUAUUUUCGCACAUUCAUCUUUUGUGAUUCUUUGUCCAAUUGUUUUCUCCAGUGAUGGAAACCUAGUGAAAUGCGAAAUAUAUGGUGAAAUCCAAGUAGACUCAAACCUUUCGGGAUAUCCUGACUUGACUCUUUCCUUUGCAAAUCCAACAAUUUUGAAUGAUGUGAGAUUUCAUCCUUGCAUUCGCUUUCGGCCAUGGGAGUUAUAUCAGCUACUAUCGUUUGUGCCUCCAAAUGGACAGUUCAAGCUGAUGAGUUACAGGUUUGUCUUAAAACAUUGUUUAAAAUCAAACAUAUAUAUGCAUAUAUAUAUAUGUAUAAUAUUUCCUUCAUUUUGCAGUCGAGAUGUGAAACCCUUUUUCUUUCCUUCUUUCCUAAACCCUAAACCCUAAGCUUCCAAUAUAUCACUAAUUUCUGUUCCAACAGGGUCAAGAAGUUGAAAAGCAUUCCUAUUUAUGUGAAACCGCAACUGAUUUCCAGUAGUGGAAGCUGUCGUAUGACUGUGCUCGUUGGAACAAGAAAUGACCCUGGAAAGCCAAUUGACUCUAUAACUAUAGAGUUUCACCUGCCCUCAUGUGUUACAUCUGCAGACUUUACUUCAAAUCAUGGAACCGUGAAUAUCCUUGCCGACAAGGUAUGAUGCAGUCACCACCUGGGUUUUGAUUACAGUUGCCAUUUUAAGAGAUAAGCAGUUGUCACUGUGAUGGUGUAGCAUGUGGGUGAGUUCGGGCUCCUUCACUCAUAAUCUGCAAUAUGGUGAGAGAAAUUGUCAUAAAGCUGACCACCUUCCUUCUACAGAGUCAUUGCCUUAUGCACUCACACCUUAGGAAUGGCAUGCGCCAACUUUCUCUCAACUAGUUUUCUUGUUGCCCAUGGUCUGAUACCAAUGAAAAAGCUCAUCUUUGGGAAUUUGAUGCCUUAGCACCUCAGAAACCGUGUGUUCAUAACAUGAAAAUUCUUGAAUAGAAGCCUUUAUUUAUAUAGUUCAGAUUAUUAGUUUGCAAACCCUUGCUCUCCACCUCACACACACACUUUUCAUGCACCUAUGCGUUUGACCCAUCUCAAGAGCAACGUGAGAAGCCUGGGUUUUGGUUAUGGCUCUGCUCUGGCAUAAAUAGUGGCAGAAAUGUUGAGAAACAUCACAAUUUAAGCGACAGUAUCUUCUUGGUGGGCAUUCAAAUAGGUGCUGUUUUCACGUUUCUUUGCCUUCGAUACUUGAUUGUUUAUCUAUACGGUACUACUUCCCAACAUUGACUUUAUAUUUUUUGGAUUCUAGUUUCCUCUCAACAUGAACAGCAAUGCUUGUAAUAUAUGAGGCGAAUUGAGAAAAACAGGGAUCUCUUCUGAUAGAGUACAUGGGAUUUCUAAUUCUUAUCGGGCGGCCACAAUAAUUCCGUUUUUUUUUUUUUUUUUUUUUUUUUUUUUUAUGUCAUUCCCUGGUUCCAUGAAUUUCAUGUGUUUAUUAUGCUUGUGAAAGGGUUGACGGAUUAAUCUGCCUGAGGUUUCUUUGGCUUGUUUCAGAGAUGUUCUUGGUCCAUUGGACGGAUCCCAAAAGACAAAGCUCCAUCCCUCACAGGAAACCUGGUUCUUGAGUCAGGUCUGAGCAGCUUGCAUGUCUGCCCUGUGCUUCAAGCAAAAUUUAAGAUCAUGGGGGUCGCCCUAUCGGGCCUUCAGAUCGACAGAUUGGAUGUCAAGAAUAUGCCGACCCAGCCAUACAAGGGUUUCCGAGCUCUCACUCGGGCUGGGGAAUAUGAAGUAAGAUCUUGA